CUACUGCUGCUGUGUAGUCUGCUUCGGUGAAUCAGAAAAGAUUUUGUCAUUUCUUGUUAGUUGCAUUGAUUGGCCUUGUUUGGACAGGAUGACUCGUGACGGGUUUGCUCUACCUCAUCUCAUUAUUUAGGUGGCUGUCUAUCGCACGUUAAAACAGGUUUAGAUCUGCAAAAUGUUUACCAAAAAGAACCCAGCUUUACGCAUUGAUGAGGCAGAUUUGAAGUGCAAGAAUGGCUGUGAUUUCUUUGGUAAUCCCGAAUGGGAUGGGUACUGUUCUCAUUGCUACUACAAGGAACGAGAUCAGAAAAAGAGUCCAAGUCGAGGAGAAAGUGCUUCUCGAGGGUCACAGGAUAAGGAUAGUCCAUUGCCUAUUACUAUGGCAAAACGAUUUAGUAAAUUUGAAGAAAAGAAGCAGCAGCAAAGACAGCAGCAAGAAAAGAGGAACAAAUUUAGUAAACUUGCUAGCAGUUUACGAAAAUCAACCAGUAUCCGAGAUUCAGGGCGGUUACCAGAGCCAUGGCUAGAACAAUCUCCUGAGGUGGAACGUAUUAAGCAAGAGUAUGCUUCGCAGUUGUCUUCUAUUUCACCAGAAGUCAGCCAGUAUAUGAACAAAUAUAUUCAAGCACUUUGCCGUACUGUGUGUUCAGAUGCUAAUAAUAUGUCAAUUGAUGAGUUAUCUGAGAAAGUUCAAAAGUUUUACCAAAACCUGUCUAAAUGUAUGGAUGCUCAAAAUAUUAACCAAGAAUUGAAAGAACAAGUGCUGGACUAUUGUGAAAAGUUUACGAUGACUAUUUUGUACCGUAAUUUAUUUUGCCCGGCAACUACUACAGAUGAAGAGAAAGACCUUGCAAUCCAAAAGAGGAUUCGUCAACUAAGUUGGGUUAACGCCAAACACCUGGAUUGCCGGAUUAAUGAAACUAAUAAAGAAGUCCGUGACCUUGUGUACACUUCUUUUACAGAUCUUUUGGGAAUGGAUUCUGAGAAAGCACCCCAAGAUAAACUUCAAGCUGUAGUAAAAUGCUGUAGAAAUAUUUUUCUCUUACUACAAUCAUCGGUCGGAGGCCCAGCAAGUGCAGACGAAUUUUUACCUGCACUUAUCUUCAUAGUCUUAAAGGCUAACCCUGCCCGUUUGAAAAGCAAUAUUCAUUUCAUCACUAGAUUCUGCAAUGCAAGUCGCUUGAUGACUGGUGAAGGAGGAUACUAUUUUACAAACCUGUGCUGCGCAGUUUCCUUCAUAGAAAAUAUGACAGCACAAUCUUUGAGUUUGCCCGAAGAUGAAUUUGAACAAUAUAUGUCUGGAGAAGUGGUGCCAACAAGCACAUGGGAUUCAAGCGUCAUGAUGUAUGAAGGCAUUUCUUUGAUGUAUGAGCAUUUAGUGGCACUUGACGAUAUGCAUAAGAGAGCUGAUUCUGUCCUAGAGAACACUGAUGUACUGAUGAACAAAAUGAAAGAUUUAUCGCAUCAAAUUAAGAUCAGAGUUGAUGAUAUUUUAGCCAAAACUCAGAUUAAUCUUUCUACAGAGAAAGUGCCCACUGAUAUAGACACUGAGAAUCCUUUACUGGAACUGCUUCCUCCUCCAAUUGCUCCUAUGGUUGUUGCACCUGUGACACAAAACACACCUGAGUCUGGAAAGUUGAACAGUUUGUCUGAGAAGAAGAGUCUGAUUCUCCCAGGUAUCACUAAGUAUGCUUUCCCAUCUGAUUCAGAACUAGACGCUCUAGGUGCUGAUCGAACUCCAGGAGAUGGUGCACUUCCUCUUCCUAUGUCUGACUCACAAGAGUUUCUUCUGACCCCUUCAUCGACUUAUGGUUUCUCUGCUCUUGAUGAACUUGCCACGCCAGAUGAAUUGUGUGCAGCACAGGCUAGCCUCAAUUUUGUUCAGGGUCUAUCAGCAGUCAACUAUGACAUUGAUAUUUCUGACACGAGUGCCGAUAGUAGUGCGGGGGUAUCUCCCCAUCCGUCAAUACUCUCUGUGUCUGAGAACAAAGACGGCAGCCCGGAAACAGCGAGUGUCCCGGCCACGGACCCUCACCCUGACCCUGACCCUGCAUCACUGCUGGACACAUCUGAAUCUCCCACAUCCAAACUUCUAUUACCUUCACCUAUGAAACCUGUUGCACCAGAGCCGUGUAGUGGCCUAGACAAAGAAAGUUUCCCUGAGGAGCAGAGCUCUACCCCAGUUCAUAGCCAAGGCAAACUUAUUAGUCAGAAACCACCUGAAGUUCCAACCAAUGCAACCAGCUCAAAUUAUGAAAGCUUUACUGCACAGGGGUGGAAGAUUCAGAGCAUACCCUGUGAUACUGGAACUUCUGAUCUCAACAACACCAAUCGGACUAAAAAGCCCAAGGAUGACCCAGGCAAACUGAUGUACUGUGAUUUAGAUUGAUAUUUUUAGAGUUAAAGGACAUGUACUGAUUAUUGGUCUAAAUGCUUGUUUUUAAGAUUUCUUAUUCAUUUCUAUCCCAGCAUAAAAUUGCUUUUCAUAUUAUUCAAGUUACCAUUUGAAGUCAAGUUGAUAUAAAUGGGGAGUGUAACGGCAGCCAGUAAAAAUGAUAAGAUAAGACUUAAUUAUCUGUUUGAAAUUCUUAUCUAUUUUAUUAUAAAUCAAAGAACAAUUUACAGUUUGUUACAUGAUUUAAUUUUUUUUUGUGAUCCCAGUUCACAAAGUAAGGGGUAGUUCAUUCCAUUUCAUUCCUCUUGGCAGCUUAGAUUUUAUCGGAAACCUUUUGAAAAAUAAUAAAGAUAGUGAGUUUAAUCUA